AUCAGUGCACCGUUGGAUGUCACUGGGAUUGGUAGUGUAACGUCUUGGGUGAUCGCGAGAGGUGAUCUUAAACACACAUACCAAGUGCUUCGCGGCGUGCGCGCGAAUUUGCCUGCUGAUCCUCAUUUUUGAGGAAAAUUUCUCAGAUUCCUUAACCAGUGCCAGUGUUAGUGUGGGUGUGAGAAUUCCCCAAAGGAAUCCACCUAAAGUGAUCAUAUAAAUUUUUCGAGUGAUCCUCAGAGGUGUGAGAGUGCAGUGAUAUUUUUUUCUCAGAUUCCCAUCAAGUUUUUUGGGCGGUUGGUGUGCGACAAAGAGUUGAAACGAGGAGAUUGUCGAUGAAAGAUGAAGAACAUGGGUGCAAUUUGCCUCUCUGCGCUGCUACUCAUCUUUUUGUGCGACGGACUCCACGGUUUGUCGGUGGAUCCCGUUGCAUCAUCCGAUUUGGAGCAACACAUCAGAGAUGACUUUGUUAUCUCCAUUCGACACAUUAGACCACGCCGAAAGCUACAAAUUCCACUGGAGGCCCUCUUCCUGAUCGACUUCCCCGCCACGAAGCACAAGUUCAGCUUUUUCCUCGAUCGGAAGAAUAAACGCGUCACCGUCGACAUUACGUCCGGCAUGCGGUUCUACUCCAAACACUUUGCUGUACCAUCCCUCAAUGAGACCACAACUGUGCGAUCACUUGCCAUACUUUUCCAGAAGAACAAUGCAACACUUUACAUGGACUGCAAGAAGCAUUCUGAUCAGGAUUUGGAAGUCAACAUUUCGGAAUUGUACGCCUCCUCUGAGGAACCCAUCAUCAAGCUGUUUCGCGAAAGAAAGUACCCCCUUCACUUUGAUGGGAACAUCGAGAGCGCCUUGUUUAGGGCAAAUUGCCAGAAGGCAGCACACCGACGUGAAAAUAGACGUUACUUGAAUCUCAAGGAUGGACGUCUGCCGGAGAAGCGACAAAGGAAUCGCCACGGAAACAAUCAGAGGUACAUGCGCUUUGAAGCAGACAACCUAAUCAACGAUCAAGCUCCCCUGGACAAGAAUAAGAAGAGAGAUAUCCGAGAUUGGGAUGAUCGCUACAGAAAUCUCCCAACGGAGAGCACGGUUAAUGUUCAGAGACGCGGAGAUAUUCCAGUCCUUCAUGGUGAUUGCGAUGAUGCCAUGACGAAAGCUCUGUCCGAAUUGCUGGCCCUCGUGAAGCAACUGAGAGAUGAGGUUGGGCAACAGCGGAACGAAAUCGCUUAUUUGAGGCAAUUAAUUGAGAACUGUGCUGGAUGUCAACAUCGCCCGGAACCACUUAAGGAGACGUGUGAAUUAAAUAAUCCAUGCUUCCCUGGUGUCCAUUGUUACGAUUCAACAUCAGGAAUUCGGUGUGGACACUGCCCAAGGGGCUACAUUGGCGACGGCAAGCACUGCAAGCCGGGAUUAACGUGUGCCGAUAAGCCAUGCUACGGCGAUGUUCAAUGCUACGACACUGUGGAAGGAGCUCAGUGUGGACCGUGCCCAAGUGGCUAUGAGGGAGACGGACGAACGUGCACCCUCAAAGACUCCUGCACAGAUCAGUCUUGUGCCCCAGGGGUCAGGUGCUACCCUACGGACGUUCAUCCAUUCUACAGGUGUGGCCAAUGCCCUCAUGGGACAUCUGGGAAUGGAACAUACUGCUUUGAUAUUGAUGAGUGCGAUUUGAGACAACCGUGUGACCCAAAGGUUCGUUGUGUUAAUCUCAUGCCAGGAUUUGCAUGUGAUCCCUGCCCACCGGGAUUCCAUGGGCAUCACUCCCUUGGCAUACGAAUAACUCACUGGGAGCACUCAUUCCGUCGUCAGACAUGCCACGAUAUCGAUGAAUGCACCACAGGCACAGCUCAAUGUCCCUACAAUGCCCACUGUGUCAAUACAGAAGGAUCCUACACGUGCCAAUGCUCUCGUGGCUUCCAUCUCAACUCCACAUACGGAUGCAUCCCAUUGCCAGGAGUUUGUCCCGAUGGAACAGUUUGCGAUCGAAAUGCCGUCUGUCGCGCUAUUACGGAAUACUCCUUCACGUGUAAAUGUCGCGUUGGUUGGGCCGGAGACGGGUUCCAGUGUGCCCCGGAUAAGGAUCUGGAUGGAUGGCCUGACUACAAUCUCAACUGCACCAGCCCACGAUGCCAUAUGGACAAUUGUAUUUUCGUCCCGAAUUCCGGACAGGAAGAUGCCGACAGGGAUGGCAUAGGAGAUGUUUGUGAUCCAGAUGCUGACAAUGAUGGAAUACUCAACAAUCCCGAUAACUGCCCGCUAGUUUCAAAUCCCGAUCAGAGGGACACUGAGUUUGGGGGAGGAGAUAAACAAGGUGAUGCCUGUGACAAUUGUCCCACAAUUCGAAAUCCUGAUCAACUGGACACAGACAAUGAUGGAUUGGGUAAUGCUUGCGAUGAUGACAUCGACAAUGAUGGGCUACUCAACAGCCACGAUAACUGCCCAUUGAUUGCCAAUGAACGUCAGCUGGAUUCUGACGGAGAUGGAUUUGGCGACGUUUGCGAUAACUGUCCAUUCAUUCCGAAUCCAAGUCAGUCUGAUUCCGACAAUGAUCUCAUAGGAGAUGCCUGUGAUAGUGACAUUGAUCGCGAUCGAGACGGAAUACAGGAUUCUCAAGAUAAUUGUCCAAAGAUUGCAAAUUCUGAUCAACUAGACACAGAUGGAGAUGGCAGAGGUGACAUGUGCGACAAUGAUAUCGACAACGACGGGAUCCUAAACGAGAAGGACAACUGUCCCCUAGUCUACAAUCCUGAUCAAUUGGACAACAAUCGUGAUGGCGUUGGUGAUAUUUGUGAGGAUGACUACGAUCUGGACACUGUGCCUAAUUAUCUUGACAACUGCCCGAAUAAUUCAAAGAUCUACUCAACUGACUUCCGAACGUACCAAACUGUAGUUCUGGAUCCUGAAGGUGAUUCUCAAAUCGAUCCAAACUGGAUGAUCUACAACAAAGGUGCUGAGAUUGUUCAGACGCAGAAUAGUGAUCCUGGUCUAGCUGUUGGAUACGAUUCCUUCGGUGGUGUAGACUUUGAGGGAACCUUCUUUGUGGAUACUGAGAUCGACGAUGACUACGUGGGCUUCAUUUUCAGCUACCAGAGCAAUCACAAAUUCUACACGGUCAUGUGGAAGAAGAGCAUUCAAACCUACUGGCAGGCUACACCCUUCAGAGCAUCCGCUGAGCCGGGAAUACAAUUGAAACUCGUUGAUAGUACAACAGGUCCGGGACAGAUGUUGCGCAAUAGCUUAUGGCACACUGGCGACACCAAAGAUCAAGUGAGACUCCUCUGGAAGGAUCCUCGGAAUGUUGGAUGGAAGGAACGAACAGCCUACAGGUGGCUUUUGCUUCAUCGCCCCAAGAUUGGGCUUAUUCGUUUGAGGAUCUUUGAAGGGGAGGAAAUGGUAGCGGAUUCAGGGAAUGUUUUCGAUUCAACCCUCAAAGGAGGACGUCUGGGUGUCUUCUGUUUCUCUCAGGAAAUGAUUAUUUGGUCAGAUCUCGUUUACAGAUGCAACGAUAACAUCCCAGAGACAAUCUACAAUGAAUUGCCCAUUCGGCUGAGGCAGGAUGUGCAUGUGGACUACAGAAAUUAGCACUACAGGGUAGCAUGUUGGAUAAAAUCAUGCAAAAUGCAUUAAAAGCACGUCCCAAGAAAGAGUUGUAAAUGGUAGAGAUAAAGAUUGCAAAGAAGUUUUGCUCAAUAGAAAGGUUUUUUUUUCAUUAUAAAAACAAUUUUUUAAAAAAAUAAGAAUUUUAAUCUGUUAGAGAUCUCUUAGAUCCUUCAUGCUCCUGAUAAGAAAAUUUUAUCUUUUAUCAAAAAAGAUUUUCUAUUUUCAUGCCUUUAUCAACUCAACCUUUGGUUAUUCUAUACACACAAACACAAACCAAACUAAAUAUGUUGCGAAUUAUUUGCUAAUAAAUUACGAAAACGUUUCAAAA